AUCUCAAUCCACACAAAACGAAUGGCGCGGUGCAGUAGCUGAGGAAGCUACUCCAGCAGCUGGAAGGCCUCGGCUAACACCAGGUAGCCUCCCCUCCUCUAUCCAGGAAUCCCUUCACUUGUUCUCCCUUCUGACCCCUUCUCUGUUUCAUCGUCAGCAAGAGGAGAGGAAGAUGAGCUCGUUAGAUGCCACAAGAGCUGAGCUCGGCCUCGUGGUUCUGUACCUGAACAAAGCCGAGGCUCGGGACAAGAUCUGCAGGGCGAUUCAAUACGGGUCAAAGUUCAUAAGCAACGGGCAGCCUGGCACGGCACAGAACGUCGAUAGAGCGACCACCUUAGCUCGAAAAGUUUUUCGGCUUCUCAAGUGGGUCAAUGAUCUGCAUGCUCUUAUCAGCCCGCCUGCUAAAGGGACUCCUCUUACACUGGUCCUGCUUGGGAAGUCAAAAAAUGCGCUGCUUUCGACGUUCUUGUUCCUGGAUCAAUUUGUGUGGGCAGGACGAUCGGGGAUAAUCAAGAACAAGGAGGGGACGGACCGGGUUGCCAGGCUAUCCCUGUACUGCUGGAUGGCUUCUUCUGUCUGUGCAGGUCUAGUUGAGCUAGGAGAGCUUAAAAGGCUAUCGAAAUCGAUGAGGAAGCUCGCAAGAGAGCUGAGGGGAACCGAUAAGUACGAGAAUGAACAGUACCGCAGCAAAAUGAGACAGUCAGAUGAACGUCUCCUGGCUCUGGUCAAGGCGGCCAUGGACGUGGUCGUAGCCAUCGGGCUUCUUCAGUUAGCGCCCAAGAAGGUCACUCCGAGAGUGACAGGAACGUUUGGAUUCAUAACCUCGCUCAUCUCCUGUUAUCAGCAACUUCCUUCACGUGCUCCUGCGGCCAAGGUCAAGGCAUGAUCAGGACUGUUACCGCGUUCAAGUCCAAAGGGAGACAAGUUUGAGCUGCAUUUCGCCAUGGAUCCUAUAAUUUUAAGUGGCUUUAUAGAAUAUUAUGGAUUCUCUGUACGGCUUUAUGCUUUCACACAGUACCUGCUUUUGAAUGGUAAUGGACAUGGUUGUGUGUUGCAUGUUCACCUCUCGUGCUCAUCUAUGCCACAGUAGAUACUAAUAGUGUGUAUAUCCAGCUCUUUUUCCUUCUAUUUUUUAUAUAAAUAAACCGCACGUAUGGAUCUA